AUGUCGAACGAAGAAAAGAUACCUUCCGCAUUUAUUAAUCAAGUACGUGAAAUGGGUUACCGUUCGUCGACUGUUGAUCACGCUUAUGAUGCAACCCAUUCCACCGAUCCACAAAAAUUACUCGAUUGGAUAUUAUCACAUGAAAACGAGUUAAAAGACAUAAACGAUGAUCAAAUUGAUUUAGCUCAGUUGGUUAUUGAUGAAGUAGUGGAACUCGGUUUUCCACGAGCAUCUGCUAAAACAGCACAAGACCAAACGAAUUCAAAUGACACCCAAACAUUAGUCGAUUGGAUCCUAAAUCACGAUCAAGACGAACAGUAUCCGUUACCAACAACAACAACAACAACAGCUGACAAGCGACAACAACAAGACCUCGACACAACAUCUAAAAAUAAGGGUGAAUCAAAAUUACUGCACGAUUUAUUGAAAUUGGGAUUUAACACUGACGAUAUUCAGAAAUGUUUCAAUGCUUUAUAUGAAAAUGAGAACAAGAAAAGCUGGAUAUUCAGUCGGAAGAAUGACUUAACAGUAUCACAAUGUAUCGAUUGGUUAAUUGAUUCUAGUCGACAAAAAGCUGAAUUGAAAGCAAAAGAAAUUGAUCAGUCGAAAAAACAGCUUCGAAUACCAUCACCAAUAAAAUUGAAUGGUAUUGGUGGAAAGGCCAGUGAUGCGUCUUUACCAGCGUCAAAUAGUAAACUAAAAGAAAUCCAUCUUGCUAGUCGUCAUAGAAAUAAUGAUGACAACCAACAAGAGUCACCGAAAUUGACACAUGAAGAAGCACGGAUGUUUAGCAUUUGUGAUAAUCUCAAAAAACAAACAUGGACACUGGAUAAUGUUGAUCAAUUGAAUCUUAUACAGAAACAUAUACAAAUCGUCUCGAAAAUUAUUGAUGAAGAUCAUAAUAAAGUUCAACGUUAUAACGAUGAAGACGACGGUACUAGCGAUAAGGAAACGUCCGUAUAUGAUCCAAUGCAACAACGACGAUCAACAACAACAAAGCCUAAAACAAAUGCGGCAAAUUCAGGAAUUGUCACUUUGGCCGAUUUGCGAGCACGAGAUUAUGGAUAUGAACAACAACAAAAAAAAUUGGAUUUACCACCAAAAUUGAUUUAUGAGUCGGGUGCUGUACACGAAAUUAAUUGGGAACCAAGUAUCAAAACUGAUUUUGAUAGGAUUGCCAUUCAAUUUGAGUCAAUUCAAAAUGAAAGCUACCAAAAUCUAACUCGUCGCUUAUUAAAUGAAUGUAAUAUCGGUAACGAUAAUAAUCUUGCUAAAGUUCGAGCAAUAUUCGUUUGGAUAACAAGUCACAUACGAUAUGAUAUUCGAACCAGCGACCGCGAUAAUUCAAAAGAUAAAAAUGAUCAAGAUAUGGAUGAACUAUGUGCAAUGAUCCUUCAAACUUCAACAUGUGUUUGUGUCGGUUACGCUGUUCUACUGAAACGCAUGUGUCACAGUGUAAAUAUCCAAGUCGAUUAUGUGGUAGGUUAUACGAAAUUAACUAAAGCGUAUGUGCAUGAUUUAAAAACAGUUGAUGAAAUCAAUAAAUUUGCUAGACAUGCAUGGAAUAUUAUCCAUCUGAAUGGUCAAACAUAUUUUACCGAUCCAACAUGGUCAGCUGCACAUUGGUCAGGACCACCGUAUCCUAAGCUCAAAUCAUCAUUUACGAAUACAUAUUUCUUAGUUUUACCAAGAUAUUCAAUAUAUCAAUUUUUUCCAGAAAAUACUCAACAUCAACAAUUAGAUCGACCAUGGUCAAUAGUCGAUUUUACCAACGAGCCAUGUUUCUAUCCACAUUAUUUUAGUUCCCAAUUCACAUUGGAAAACGAUAAACGUGAUUGGUUUUUUUAUCGUUUACCCGUUGAUCCACAACAACGAACAAAAACAUUUUGUAUAACAACAAGAAAAUGUAACCGAAAUAGUAGAUAUCACUUGGCGAUAUUUGGAACAAUGUAUUGGGCUCGCGAUUUGAAACAAUUUACAUCUGAAUAUAUUGAUCGUUUAGAUAAUACGAAUCAUUCAUAUCGUUUACCAUCCGCCAAUUUUCAAGAAAUCAAUUUAAAUUUAGCUGAUCCACAUUUGUCGAAUAAACGAUCGUUGUUCGUAGCUGAAUUAUCAGAUAUUCCAAUUUAUCCAUCACAACUCGAUGUCACUCAAAUUCAAUUUGGGUUGUUAAGGAUUUAUGCAACCGAUCAAUUGACUGGACGUGGUGAAACAAUAUUCGAAUGUAUCUUUGAAUUUUAG